AUGCAGCUCAAAAUUGGAUUCUCAUAUAUUUUGCUGUCGCUCCUGCUGGGUGCACAGGCCAAGCCGACCUUCUAUGUGAUAAACAAGUUGCUGGACGCACUGGAUGAUAGACCCCAUUACUCCAGGCCGCCAUCGUAUUAUGAACCCGUACGACCUUCUGGACCACUUAUACAGGAGGGCUACGAUCAUGGCUAUGAUUAUUACUAUGGAGGUGGUGGUGGACAUAGCUAUGGAAAUGGUGGAGGGACUGUUGGACAUCCCUAUGGCCAGGCGCCUCCUGCCCGUGGCUACUAUCCAAGACCGGUGCAGGGACCAGUGAAGGGUUACUAUGGGGAGCCUCAAUAUGAAUAUCAUCACUAUGCACCCAGUGGACCAGCUUAUGGACAUGGUUAUGGCAGAUCAGAUCCAGCUAGAGUUGGUGGCUACAAGCAGCAUGGCUAUUAA